CUAACAUAAUAAUAUAAUUAAUUUUCAGUAUUUUGUUUAGCAACCAGGCAAGAUGCAGAUAUUUGUGAAAACAUUAACAGGAAAGACCAUUACACUGGAGGUAGAGCCUUCAGAUACUAUUGAAAAUGUGAAAGCCAAGAUUCAAGACAAGGAGGGAAUCCCUCCAGAUCAGCAACGUUUGAUCUUUGCAGGCAAACAACUUGAAGAUGGACGUACUCUGUCAGAUUAUAACAUCCAGAAAGAAUCUACCCUCCAUCUUGUAUUGCGUCUUCGUGGUGGAAUAAUUGAGCCAAGUCUGCGUAUUUUGGCCUCCAAGUACAACUGUGACAAAAUGAUCUGCAGAAAGUGUUACGCCAGGCUUCAUCCACGUGCCACCAACUGCCGCAAGAAGAAGUGUGGACACACCAACAACCUUCGUCCAAAGAAGAAGCUGAAGUAGAAAAUAAUUUAUCACUUGCUAAGCAUAGUAAAAUGAAACAACGUUCAAAUGUACUCAACUACAUAAGACUUGGUAAUCAAUAAAACCAUACAGGAGCAGAUCAAAUGUA